UAUGAAUCUUCUGCAUACAGGUUUACCUACAUGAGCAGAGCGAUUACCUGAUUGGCACACGCAGAUAUCGUCUUUGUAUGCAUCAGUGGUGAUUAUAGAUUAGACAUAACAGCAUUUUAAACCAUAGCACGAUCACCUACAGAGUGUUUCCCAUAGCCUUCUCUUACCAAGACUGUCGACGGCGUGAAGAGAAGCAAAUAUGACCAUUAGGAAUGCACGCGACCACGGACAACGUUAUAGACCGCGUAUGGCAUGCCUCAAGAAGGUCGAAACUGUGGUGUUGGAGAUGCAAGACCCUAAGAGCGGUGUGAAAUCUCAGACCCAGAGGCUUGUUAUCACUACCAUUCCACAUGCCAUAACAGGGGAAGACAUUGUUGCAUGGCUCGCUAAUCGAUUUAAAAUAGAUGCUCUGGAGGCCCGAGCUAUGGGUACCAUGAUGGUGGCUUUUGGGUACAUCUAUCCACUACAGGAUCACAAAAGACUCAUCCUUAAACCAGACACAUCCCUGUAUCGCUUUCAGACACCAUAUUUUUGGCCGGCACAGCAAUGGCCAGUUGAGGACACCGACUAUGCAAUUUAUCUGGCAAAGAGAAAUAUACGCAAGAAAGGGAUGCUAGAGUUGUAUGAACAGGAACAGUACAACAACCUUUACAAAUGGCUGAAUCACAAGUGGGACUUUAUUGUAAUGCAGGCCAAAGAGCAGUACAGGGCGGGAAAGGAGAGAAAGAAGCCAGAUCGGGUGGUUUUUGACUGUCAGGAGCGAGCUUACUGGGUUGUACAUCGGCCACCGCCAGGAACAGUUAGUGCCAUGGAUUAUGGACACGAAAGAAUGGUGGACCCUAAUGUAGUGGAGAAAAAAACAUCUGAAUACUACAGAAGAAUUAUUAUGUUCACUCAGCAGUGUAUUAUGAGGCCAAGGGUGAAGUCAUCUGUGUCAAUUGGAGCACUUGUUAAAUGCUCGACCACAUAUAAAGAACACGACCCCUUUCUCCACCCCUGCCUGCCAAGCAACCCCUGGUUAACAGAUGAUAUUACAUAUUGGAACCUUAACAUGCCAAAUGUUGAGAUCCCUACUAAAAUGAGGGUGGAACGCUGGACAUUCAGUUUUGGAGAACUGCUUAGUGACCCUCGAGGGAGGGCUGAUUUUCGCCUGUUUCUUAAAAAGGAGUUCAGUGGUGAGAAUCUUGCAUUCUGGGAGGGAUGCGAGGAUCUGAAAUGGGGUGCUGCAGAGACAAUGAAGGAAAAAGCUCAACAAAUCUAUAAGACAUUUUUGGCUCGUGGAGCUCCGCGCUGGAUCAACAUCGAUGGAAAAACCAUGGAAAUAACAGUCAAGGGUCUGGCACACCCUCAUCGAUAUGUACUGGAUGCUGCGCAGACUCACAUUUACAUGCUUAUGAAAAAGGACUCUUAUGGGCGGUAUCUAAAGUCCCCAGUGUUCAAGGAAACCCAGAGACGGGCCAUUGCUCCUGAGGCACACAGAUUCAGUGAUGCCCAGUUGGAGCAGAAUGGCAAGAGGAGGCGGCCCAGUCUGAGUCCCAUCAUUCUGAGACAGCAAGAAGAGGAGCAGAAGGCAAAACUGGCAGCCAGUGGCCCAGUAGACAUCACACAGGUCAUGAGCAAACUGGAAAAGAAAAAGAGAAAAUGAACAGAGAUCUAGCUCACAGAGAUUUUGCAAUUCAGUAUAUUCAUACAUUUAUAUUUAUAGCAACCAUUUACCGUUUAUUUUAAUACUGAUUGCUAUUGUUGUGUCUGCAAUAUUACACUGUAAAAACUGCGAACAAAUUGUUACUUUAAAUAAUUAUUUCUACUUGAUUUUAUUUAAAACUCAAAUGUACUUUUAUUGGGGUUACCUGGCAAAUCAAAGUCAGUCGGGAUAAAUAAUAUUUUUGACUUAAAGUCAGUUUUUUCAAUGCUACAUUGCGCAUUUUUAAAUAACAUAAAAAUACUUUUACAGUGUAGAAAGAGAUUUCUAGUUUUUAAAGGUUUUUCUUGAUUUAUACAUAUUUAAAAUGCUUCUAGUAAUCUUUACCUUCAUGUCACUAAUUCAUGCAUAUAAUGAACAUUACAUGUAGCCCUUAACCCCUUUAAACGCAUGCACAAUAACGUCUAACAUUCAUGUCACAUUUGUUUUGUCAGAUUUUAUCUGUUCCAUUUGUGUUACUGUUUCCUUGUAAAUUGUUUAUUAAAAACACAAUAAAACCAUUUCUGUCAUCUGUGGUCACAUCAUGUGUUUUUGUCUUUGUCAUUUUUGUUUUUGAGUGAUAUAAUGUAUUUCGCUCAUCAAGUUUCUCAAAAACAUUUUGCCACAUGCCCAAAAGACAUAAAAAACAUUCUGUUUGUUUCUUUAAACAGUUCAUCAGACAAACCCUUAAAAUUGGUGAAAGUACACUGUAAAAAAACAAUUUAAAUCAAAUUAGUCAAUUAAACUUAAAUUAUAUUGAACUGUUUGUAUUUUACUACCAGUCAUUGUCAAUUAAGUUAAAUAAUACUCAUAAAGCUAAUUUGAUUUAACUUAAAAAUUUAAGGCAGCUGAAAUUAGUGAUAUUUUUACAGUGUAUGAAGACAAGAUUUAGUCUGAAAAUGAAGAAUAUAAUAAUUUAGUAAUUACAGAUUUGUUAAAUUCAGUGACUACAAGUAAAAACAAACAGUAAGUAAACGUAGUGAGUGGAUUUAUCAACUCUGUUUUUAUGAAAAAUAUUUGCCGUGUCUUUUCACCUUUAACGAUGUGCUUUCUGUCCUAACCACUAGAUGUCACUCUUGUUCUGCUCUGAUGCAAUUGCACGCAACGAAAAUUAACAAUAAGCAUAUUAAUAAAAUAAAACGUUUUCUGUAGAUUGCAAGAUUCAGGAAUAUCUAAAACAUUUUGAAUAAUUUUAUAAGAAGAUUUUUUAGUGUAAAAGUAUUUGCAACAUAUGUUUUAAAUUAACUCCUCAAAAUAAUUUAAGCAAUUCCAACUUUUUUAAAGACGUUUAUCACUUAGUCAAGAUUUAGAAUAGUAAAUUAGAUAUACAUAAUCAAAAUUCAGGGCAAAAGCAACUUUUUACAGUUUACAGCAAGUUUUUUACAGGAGGGCCGUACAAAGAAGAGACCAAGGAAUGCUCUAUAUUAGAUGGUCUAUAUUAUUUCCUUCAACGUGAUUACAGGUUGUUCAGCACACACAGUAAUGCUAACAUAUACUUUACAUAUUGUGCU